CACUGACACUAAUGGUAUUCCAUUUGGAGGAUAUCUGCGCUGUUUUGGCACGGAUAGUACUGCUGCUACAGCCCUAAUGCCUCUGUCGUAUGACCCACUGCAGAUUUCUUCGUCAAUUUUCUUCAGACCAGAAGACAUCAUGGCCAUUGACAUAUGCAAUAAAACCGAAGCAUCCACUGACGACACUUCAGUGACAGACACAUAUAUUGACGUCACUUCCGUUGCAAUCGACAAUAUAACCAUUUUAGCAGACGAGAUAACGGACAACCAAAUACUUUCUACCGCUGGAAAUGACGUCACGAAUCUUUCGAUUCCAAUUCGAAUACCUUGUUCGUGCUCACUUUGCAGAACUACUGGAAACAUGACAAUCGUUGAUCUUAACAAGUUUCUGCAGGACAUCAAAUCUGAAAUGCUCAUUAAAAAGAAUGAAACUUCAGCAUGGACGAGGAAAAUGAAAUGCGCUGAAGAUCCCCGCCCAUCAUCCCAGGGGAUCGGAUUAGUGGGUUCUUUACUUCUUUGUCUUGCUUUGGGUUUAGUUGUUCUUAUUGAUGUUUCUAACUAUUGUUUGGUCUUAAAAAGGCGGAAGGUUAGAUGUUCUAAUCCAUGAGGGUACGUAUUAUAGUUUUCACUUACCCUUAAAAGUGUUUCCAGCAUAACACACAAGCUGAUAAUAUAAUUUUACCACCAAUGGUCAUAUCGACAAUAGAGGCUGUGUUUCGAAUGUCACGUGGUUACUCGAGACGAAUCAAUUAAAAACCUAUUGUGAUGUAAUAACGGUCAUUUACGUUUCACUAUUGUUUUUGAUCAUAUAAUAAAUAUAUUAUAAUAAGUUUUGUUUACCUCUGUAAACACGCGAGUAUAGGCGGUGAAACGCACUGUAUAUUUAUAUGUAUAGGUAUCAAUUUUAAAAAAUGUAUAACGCUCUUUCUAUCCAAGGUUACAUAGUUUAUUAAAGCGUAUAUGGCUGGCAAUUAAUUUAUCAUAUUACAAUAUUAAAGAUAAAAAACAAAAAACUAUAAUUAUAAA